ACUGUUCUUACUUCCCAAAGAGCAGCUUCAGAAUGAAGAAUGGAGGAGAGGAGUGAGGAAUCAUUGACGUUCUCUGUCAGGGUCUUUGCUCUGCAGGAGGAGGUGAGGGCCGAGGAGGAGAACAUGGAGACACGUGAGGAGGAGGUGCAGGUCCAGGAAGGGAUGAACAGGGAGGAGCAGGUCAGUGUUUGCAGACAGAGAGCAGAGCAGGAGCUCACACUGCUCCUCACCACAGGACUGGAGACUCAGCUGCUCACUGUGCAGGAUGCCAACAGAGCAUCAGUCUUCCAGUUUACUGUUUCCAAGGAGAUGGACUGCUGCCAGGUCGGACGGCAGUCCUUCCUGGUCUCCUUUGGCAAGUUGAGUUUUCUGCUGCAGUUCAGAACUCCUGCUGAUCUGAAGAACUUCCAGCAGUUACUGAAGAGAGGGGAUGAUGAAGAGACUAAGAAAGGUUGCACAGAAAGAGAUGAGAGGGAAAACAGAGAUUCAGAGAGAGGCAAAACACCUUCUAGGAGACAUCCCCCUAUGUUUGAAUCAAGAACUGAAAAUGCCCCUACCCUGGGUACCUACCAGUUCCACAGCUGUCUGUCCCAGCAGCAGUCUCUGCUUCAAGACUACCUGAGGAUCACCACCUACCAGAGAGCCAUUUUAAACAAUGAGACCGACUUCAGAGACAAGGUGGUUCUGGAUAUAUGUUGUGGUUCUGGUAUUCUGUCCUUCUUUGCAGUCCAGGCAGGAGCCACCAGAGUGUAUGCUGUUGAGGCCAGCCCCAUGGCCAAGUUUACACAGAUCCUGGUCCAGAGUAAUUGUCUGUCUGAGCGGAUCAGGGUCCUAGAAGGGGAGGUGGAGGAGGUCAGCUGUCCUGAUAUGGUGGAUGUCAUUGUCUCUGAGCCAAUGGGAUACAUGCUGCUCAGUGACGGACUCAUGGAGAGAUUCUUGCAUGCCAGGAAAUGGCUCAAGCCCAACGGUCUGAUGUUUCCCUCCUAUGGUGAUAUUCAUGGCUCCCUUCAGUGA